AUGACUGCCAACGGUGCCGCCAAGCGGAAUCCCCUCCCUCACGGUGUCUACGUUCCCACCGUUGCAUUCUUCAAGCCCGACGAAGAAGUCGACAUCGAAACGGUCGAGAACCACGCUGCAUAUCUGGCCCGCUGUGGCGUCACUGGACUAGUAACCCAAGGCAGCAAUGGCGAAGCGGUGCACCUGGACCGUGAAGAGCGCAAGGCCAUAACGGCUGCGACCCGCCGCGCCGUCGACGCCGCCGGCUACACUAGCAUGCCCGUCAUCGCAGGAUGCGGUGCAGCCUCCACGCGUGAAACCAUUUUGUUCUUGAGCACUGAUGCCAUGCACGCCCACUUCCGGGCUGUGGCCGAUGCCUCCCCCGUCCCCGUUCUUAUCUAUAAUUUCCCCGGGGUGCAAUCGGGCCUCGACCUUAGCUCCGACGAUAUUAUCACCCUCGCUGAGCACCCGAAUAUUAUCGGCUGCAAGCUCACUUGUGGUAACACGGGUAAACUGGCCCGUGUCGCCGCCGCGAAGCCGGAUUUCUUGACUUUCGGUGGCUCCGCGGACUUCACCCUGCAGACGCUCAUUGCUGGUGGCGCGGGUAUAAUUGGCGGUGUAGCUAAUAUGAUUCCUCGCUCGUGUGUGCGUGUGAUGGAACUGUAUCGUGCUGGGAAGGUUCAGGAGGCGCAAAGGGCCCAGGCCGUUGUUGCGCGCGCGGACUGGGCAGCUAUUCAGGGUGGCUUCAUCGCCGUUAAGAGUGGCCUGCAGUCCUACCGCGGGUACGGUGGACUUCCUCGACGGCCGUGUGUCGUACCUUCUGCGGCGGCCGCUGCGGCCAUUCAGGAGGAGUUCCGCGAAGGAAUGGCGUUCGAAAAAGCAUUGGAGUCGGCUUAG